UGGCAAUAGCCAGGGGGAGAUGAACUCAGCAUCUUCCGAAGGAAAAGGCAUGUUUAUAAAUAGCUGUCCCCGCUCUGCCGGCUUCCCCCAGCCCCAAAGCCUUCCCCUCACCACUGUGUGUGCUCAGGGCUGAGAGAGGCUCCUCGGGCACAGACGUGAUGGUGUGUCCCAGUUUGGCUCUGCACGUGCGAGCAAGAGGGCAGUACGUGGCCGUCUGCACACCAUGCAGGGCUGCACCUGCUCUGGGCUGCAGGGAGCCCCCAUCCAUGACAUGGGGUGAGCAUCCAGCCCCGGGUGCAGGGCUCCUUCCCCAUGCCUUGGCGGUGACCCCCAGCCGGGUAGGGUUUCCCCUUCGCUCCCCAGCUGUCCUUAUCCAUCUGUGCUGCACGUUCUCAGAGCAGGGUUGCAUGCCCCAAAGCCUUCCCAAAGCCACCGUCACCAGGGCAAGCGUGGGGCUGGGCGUCCCCUUUGCCAUCUCAGCUCCUUUCUGGGGAGCUUUGCCACCACUUAGCAUCUGCAAAGCUGCCUUCCGUCCCCAGGUGCACAAAUCCAGAUGUCAUCUUCCUUCCCCCCUUCUGCUCACAUCCUUCCUCCACCUGCUUCCAGCCCCUCCUAAACAAAGCCCCGUAGCCAUGGUCAGUAAUCCCUGCAGAAGAGAGAGCGGAGGCAUAAAGGAGCACCGGGAGCCCGGCGGAGUGAGGGAGGAAGGGAGCUUUCUGCUGAGCCACGGCACGUCACACAGGGCUCUGGUGGUGGUGCAGGUUGUCUGUAGGCUCCUGGCACAGCUGAUGCUCAUCCCUCACCCUCCACCCAGCAUCACAUCCUCGCAAUUCACCCCAGGCUGCGAUCCAGCCGUGCAUCCUGUGGGCCCUAUAGCUGGAAUGCAGCCCCAGGGGUUUCUCCCCAGACGGACGGAGGCAGUGAGCCUCCCACAGCUGAGUGCUGGCCUCGCUCCCAGCCCUUCCCUGAGGAGGGGGCCCCUUUCACCCCAACGGUGUUGUGUGAAGCGGCGCAGGCCUGGGCGGAUAUGGCAGCCGGCUUCCAUCUUCCUUUCAUUCACUCCAAGCACAAGAAGCCAUGCCAGCAGCACUGCAUCACCCAGCACCCAUCAUCAUCAUGGGGUGAGCGCUCAGCCCCAUGCACGGCCCUUCCUGCAGCCACCCCUCCCCGCCGGCUGCACAGAGCCAGGUGCAGGAGGAGCAAAUGCAAUUACAACCUGCCCGCAGCUGGCGAUGCUCAGACAGCCCCGUGAGACAGCCCUGCCGUGGACACGCCGCCUGUGGGGCUGCCCCACACCUCGAGCAGAGCAGGGAUCCAUGCACCGACCUCCCCUCUCCGGCUGCGUGUGCGGCCCCACGGCGCGGCGCAUGCUGUUUGUUUGCAUAGCGGCGAGCGGGGGCCGAAGCCAAAUCCAUUAAGCAAGCAAAUAAAUAAGAAGGCGUGAGAUAAAGCAGCUGAAGGCAGCCCGCCUGCUGCGCUCCCUGCUGUGCCUGCACCCACUGGGUGCCAGGUGAUUUCACACCCAGCCCGGCUCCCAAACCCAUUUUCCCCAGAACCGUGAGGGUUGUUUGGGAAACAACAAAAACCCACCGGAGGAAAAAGUUCUCUUCAAAGCAAAGCGCCCCAAAAAGCAGCCGGCACACAGAGGCUGCUGUAGGCUGGCACCCUCAGCCAGGCUGUUUUCUCAUGGGAGUGGCAUCGCCCUUUCCCAAGGGCUGGGAAUCUUUGCUUCGCUUUAUUUUUAACGCGGAAUAAAGGCACGCGGUGGAACAGAA